UUAUGUGCUUCAGUCGUUUGUUCAGCAUCAUGCGGCAAGGAAGUUUGCGAUCACGAUUGGUAUUACUAGGCACAUUGCUCGUCUCCACCAACGUCGUUUUGGCGCAGCGGCACAACGAUGCUGACUGGGUGUUUGAGACGUGUACGGCGCGCGAUGGUAGUAACGGGCAUUGCCGUCCCUCUUCUGAGUGCCACGUGGCCACACAGAUCGAACGACUAACAAACGGAUGCACGAAUCCAAACCAUACAUGCUGCCCAUCGACGCCAAAAAGACGACGCAAUGUACUGUCGCGACUCGAUGCACUGCCAGAGUGUCGAUCGGGCUACGGGUACUGUGUCACCAAGAGCGAAUGCAGUGUACGGGCUUUGCGGUUGCGUGAAGAUAGGUGUCCAUCACCGUUUCACGUUUGUUGCGCUAAGGCGUCCGUUGUUGUUCCGGCACAUUCCACUACCAGCAAACCAUCGACCACUACGGCCGCAGAAGUGUCUAGUGUAGCAUCAGCGACCACCAUUUCAGUGCUGUUCGAUUCCCUAGACAGCCAGACUACCACGACGAAAACGGACACCGUAACAUAUCGGCAGCCAGUUACGGAGCAGUAUGAAACUGACUACUCAACACUGCCGAAUGAUUUUGAACAUAUCACAGAACGAUCGGUUCCCGAGGAAGAAGCGCUACCAUCGAUACCUGAUGUGGCAUCGCUGAGGGCUAAUUUCACGUUCAAAGGCUGCGGUUAUAGAGCAAAGGACGGAGUCGUGGAGCAACUGGUGCGCAAUCAGCUCGACCGGGCCGAAUACGGGGAGAUCCCUUGGAUGGUGGCCAUUUUCAGGGGGCGCAAUGAUAGCAAGAGCAGCGCAUCAUCCUCGCCAUUCCGUCACUGCUGCAACGGGGCCUUGAUCAGUGAGCGUGCCGUACUGACGACGGCGCACUGCGUUAGUCGCUGCAGCAGCCAGGUCGAUCAAAUCUGGGUGCGAUUGGGCGAAUGGGAUCUUAACUCUUCCAUCGAACCGCUCCAGCCAGAUAACUUUCGAGUGCGUAAGGCCUACAAACACAAGGACUUUAGUGUCCAUUCACUAAUUAACAACAUAGCGGUACUGGCGCUGGUCGGUGAGGUUCAGUACGGACCGACCAUUCAGCCCGUCUGUUUGCCCGAAGCACAGUACACGUUCAGUAGUAGCCAGGAAACGUUGCUGUUCACUGGCUGGCACGCUACAACUAGAUCCUUGCCACAGUCUAGCACCGGGCGGAACUUUCUGACCCUGAUUCUACUGAACCAUCACGAUCGGAACGCCUGCGAGAAAGAGAUCCGCUACAUACAGCAAAUACCGGCAUUUAUACUGCACACAAGCUUCGUGUGUGCCAAUGUGCAACAUGAGGGAUGGCCCUGUGGGGGAGAAGCGGGCGCACCGGUCGUAGCAGAGGUGCCGGAAUCGGAAAACCGAUACUACGUUCACGGUUUGGUUUCACGGGCAUACAAUUGUCAACAGAAUCGAUACCCAACCACGAUGCUCACUAGUGUGGCCUUCUUCCGCAGCUGGAUCAAACGAACACUCUCGACCAUACAUAACGACUGAGGAAGUUUAUCAUUUUGAACUCCAAUAUACCAACAAACAAAAUUUUUAACUAAAAUAAACAUAUAAAUUAACAUCUUUGCAUGAGCGUAAGUGAUCUGUAAUGCAAAAUAUCGCUGAGGACAUAGUAAACGAUCACUUGUCGCAGUACAGCAAUACUUUUGGUUCUAGCGUACAGAUUAGAUGUAUGAAACAAUCAUUUGAAUAAAUACAUUUGUUUCU